GAGACCAGGGCAGCGACGACGCUCGAGUUAGCGCUCAGACGCCCUUCAGUUACUGCAGGAGCCGGGGCGGGGGAGGAGGAUGUUCUUCCGGGGCGCCCCCGCCGGCACUGCCGGAGUAAAGCUGGCUGACCCGGAUGUGUUUCCCCCCAGGCUAACCCCACCUUCCGGCCUGCGCCGCUGCCGCUGCCGCUGCCGCUGCCGCUGCCGCUGCCGCCGCUGUGGAAACCUCCACUCGUUCUCCGAGUCGACUGUUACCAUGGCUGCUGAGUCUGAGGUUCUGCACUUCCAGUUUGAACAACAAGGAGAUGUGGUCCUGCAGAAAAUGAAUCUUUUGAGACAGCAGAAUUUAUUUUGUGAUGUAUCAAUUUAUAUUAAUGACACUGAAUUCCAGGGGCACAAGGUGAUUUUAGCUGCUUGCUCCACCUUUAUGAGAGAUCAAUUUUUACUCACACAGUCAAAACAUGUCAGAAUCACCAUUCUGCAGAGUGCAGAAGUUGGCAGAAAAUUAUUGCUCUCUUGCUAUACUGGAGCACUUGAAGUUAAAAGAAAAGAACUUUUGAAAUAUUUGACUGCCGCCAGUUACCUUCAGAUGGUUCACAUCGUGGAAAAGUGUACAGAAGCUUUGUCAAAGUAUCUGGAAAUUGAUCUUUCUAUGAAAAAUAAUAAUCAGCACACUGACCUAUGUCAGUCUUCUGACCUGGAUGUUAAGAAUGAAGAAGAAAAUUCUGAUAGAGACUGUGAGAUAAUUGAAAUUUCAGAAGAUAGUCCUGUAAACAUAGAUCUCCAUGUCAAAGAAGAGGAAAGCAAUAUAUUACAGUCCACAGUAGAGAGCUUGACAUCAGAGAGAAAAGAAAUGACCUCACCAGAUCUCUCUACUGUAGAUUUAGGUUUUAAAGAAAAUGAAAUUUGUAUUCUCCAGGUCGAGUCUAUGAGUACACCAGGUGUUGAAAAUGGGCAGUUUCCACAGCCUUGUACCUCAUCAGAAGCAAAUAUGUAUUUCUCAGAAACACAGCACUCACUGAUCAAUUCUACAGUUGAAAGCAGAGUGGCAGAUGUUCCUGGAAAUCAAGGUCAGGGCUUAUUUUGUGAGAAUACUGAUGGAAGUCAUGGUACAGUGAAUGAGAUUCAGAAUCUGGAAGAGAGUUAUACACUGAGGCACCAGUGUCCCAGGUGUCCUCGAGGCUUUCUUCAUGUUGAAAACUAUCUGCGCCACCUUAAGAUGCAUAAACUCUUCCUGUGUUUACAGUGUGGCAAAACAUUUACACAGAAGAAAAACCUUAACCGACACAUUCGAGGGCACAUGGGCAUACGGCCCUUUCAGUGUUCUGUGUGCUUGAAGACGUUUACAGCUAAAAGCACACUUCAGGACCAUUUGAACAUACACAGUGGUGAUAGACCAUAUAAAUGCCACUGUUGUGAUAUGGAUUUCAAGCACAAAUCUGCCCUCAAAAAGCAUUUAACCUCUGUUCAUGGCAGGAGCAGUGGUGAAAAACUACCUAGACCUGAUCUCAAAAGGCAAAAUCUACUAUAAUUGAUAUUAUGGACUUCCUUUGUAAAUCUUGUAUCAUUCUGUUGGCAAAUCUUUCUUUAUAAAUGGCAGUGCUUAUACUAUUGAACUCCCCUCACCACCCAUUUUUUAUGUUUUAUUUUUCAUCUAUUCUUUCUGAACUUUCAAUAGUUCCAAAGUUGUAGGAAGGAGGCAUAACAAAGUUGAUGGGAUUCUGUCUUGUCUCAUAUAUAUAUAUAUAUAUAUAUAUAUAUAUGUCCU